GGGCCCAGGUGGGGCCCAGGUGUGCGGGCGGCGCGUGUCCUCCCGGGCGCCAGGGGGCGCUGCGCCGGGGGGCGGGCCCGGCCUGGGCCCGCCCCUCCUUCCGCCCGCGGCCCCGGAAGCGGGCGAUGGCGCGGAACGUGCUGUACCCUCUGUACCAGCUGGGCAACCCCCAGCUCCGGGUUUUCCGCACCAACUUCUUCAUCCAGCUGGUGCGGCCCGGCACGGCCCAGCCCGAGGAUACUGUGCAGUUCCGGAUCCCCAUGGAGAUGACCAGAGUGGACCUCAGGAACUACCUCGAGCGCAUCUACAAUGUGCCAGUGGCCGCCGUGCGGACGAGGGUGCAGCACGGUUCCAACAGGAGGAGGGAUCACAGGAACGUCAGGAUAAAGCAGCCAGACUAUAAGGUGGCCUACGUGCAGCUGAUCCGGGUGCCGGCCCCCCAUCCCUUUCUGCCCAUCCAGAGGUGGACGGCGUGGCCCAGGGAAUAUUGCCGGGGUCCCCCCCAAUCUUUGGAGCCGCUUUGCCACAUGCCGCGUGCGGAGGCACACGGGCAGACCUUCACGUUCCCAGAUCUGUUUCCCAAGGGGAAGCAGCCCGGCGGCAGCUCUGCGGAUGAGGACCUCCGGGACCAGGUGCUGGAGGAGCAGCGGCAGCGCCAGAGCCCCGACCCGCGGCGCGGGGGUGUCCCCAGCUGGUUUGGCCUGUGACGGGAGCCAGCCGUCACGCUCAAAUAAAGUGCGGCUUGUGGAGACA